UACACUUGUUUGUUUGUGUUGCUUAGUUUUUUUUAGUGCUGAAUUAAGCCCUUUCAUUAGAUGAUUACAGGAACGUUUGUUGUGAUGUGUUUUCAAGCUAAAUAAAUAAGUCCUGGAUUGCGGUUGCCAUCGCGGGAUGCCUCAAACACCAUGGACAAAAGAAACCGCUCCCUGCUGCAACUGCACCAGCACGAUAUCGUCCGGGAUUUGGACGUCACAUACAUUAUAGACAAGCUGUACCAGGAGAACGCCAUCACCAACGACGAUAUCGAGCAUAUUUCCAACUUGACAAACCGCGUCGACCGCACCCGCUACUUAAUCGACACGCUCCUCCAGAAUGGCAAUAACGCGUCCUACCAAGCCUUCGUAGAUAGUCUGUUCAAAGACCACAACUGGCUAUGGGAGAAACUCCAGCUAGAUCUUAAUGAGCCAAUGGUGAACGCCAGUUUUGAGGAUAGCCUUAGCAAAGGCGAUGUCCCGAGGUUACCGGAUCACUAUGUCCAGAGGGUUGCUGUGGAAAAUGAAGUGGUCACCAAGCUCCGAAGUCUCGCGCGACACAAAAUCCUGGCUCUCCACGGCAUGCCGGGCUCCGGAAAGACUUCCGUGGCCAUUGGCGCGCUGCGGUAUAAUCCCGACCUCAUAAACACUACUUUCAACGGAGCUGUGUUCUGGCUGAACUUCGGGAAUUGUAAAACUGAGGAUGAUAUACUUAGUUUACAGAACAAGUUAUACCGCAAAGCGUCGUCGUCAAUGUACGUGCACAACUCUUACAUGAAUUCCUCUAUCUCUAUGUCCAGCAUCGGGUCCAACGCAGACAGCCAAUCCUUGUCAAGCUAUGAAUGGACCUGGCAGGAACUAAGAGACAGACUCAAAGCCCAGUUCGCAGAAAACGUACUAAAAGACGCCUUACUAGUACUAGAUGAAGUCAGCGAGAAGAGAUAUCUGGAGGCGUUCGAUAUCGGGUGCAAGAUACUCAUCACUACGAGAGACACCGAUGUUGUGGAUAAUUUCCAAGCCCAGAUUAUAAAGAUCGGAAACAACUUUGAAGAGAAAGAAUCCCUGGAACUGUUCGCCUCCUGUUUAGACGUAGAUGUAAGCAUGCUGCCUCGUCAAGCCAAGAAACUACACGACAUCUGUAAAGGGAACCCCUUCUAUAUCGCCCUAUUGGGAGCUAUUUUAUCUGAAAAUAGGCAGAGUUUGAACCACGAUAACAGUCGGUGGACUUAUUAUGUGAAUAAGUUGCAGAAGAAGGAGUUUUUAUUUUUACCGCGCCACGAUAACCCCAUCAAAGUCUGCAUCAACGCCCUCGACUCGGCCACGCUCCCCCUCUUCAAAAAGCUCGCCAUCCUCCCCGACAACGCCAAGGUCACGGCCAAGGUCAUCGGCCGCCUCUGGGACAAAAACGACACAGAAGUCGAAACCAUCAUGAAACAACUCCGAAGAAAAUGCCUCAUCGUAGAAGACUAUAAUUACGAUGAACGAAUAUACGUCUACGAAAUACAUGACCUAAUCAUGAACUGCCUAAGGUCCUCCCUAAGCGAAGAUGAAAUGAAAAAAACUCACGCAGAGUUCCUAAAAAGAUACAAUUAUGAUAAUAUUAAUACUACACCGGUGGAUAUAAUCGAUGAUGGGUAUAUAGCGUUUUAUAUCGGUUAUCAUAUUUAUAAAACGAAGAAUUCCAAUAAUAAGUGGAGUUUGUUUCAUAAGUUGUUUUUGGAUCUGAAGUUUUUGGGGAACAAGGUGAAGUUGACGGGGCCGGCGGAUGUUAUAUUGGAUUUGCAGAAAUAUGAGGAACUGAUUGUUGAAGAUGACCUAGACAAAGACCUGCUGCUAGCCCUGAAGAUGUUCCUAGGCACCCACGGCAUAGAUCUCUACCGGUACCCGUGCACAGACUUGGCACAGAGCAUAUUGCAACACGAGACCAAAGGCAUACUUUAUAGUAAGGCGGCGGCAGUUGCACAACAAAAUACAGCUAAGAAUGAGCUUUACUUCGAGUUUCUGCACGAACAAAACGUAGAAGAGAUUAAACAUUCAACAAUAGACCUUAAGGAGGAGAACAUAAGAUGCGUCGGUUUUCUCGGUGACUACGUUCUAGUAGGCACCCUGUCUGGCUCUAUAAAGAUGUUCAACAUAUCAACGAACAACCUAACCAAAGAGCUCCCCGGUAACGGUUCCCCCAUCAAAUGGGUGGGAGCCUGCCCAGUGAAUCCACCUGUAGUCGCUGCGCUUGCUUUUGAUGGCGUUGUGACUGUGUGGUACGUCGAUGAUGUGGAGGCAGACACCGAUACUAUCGUCGAAGAAGACUCCGAAGAGCUAUACAACAACAACUACCCCGGGAACCUAAUAAUCACACCCAAAAUGGGCCCCUACAUCGGCUGCCGCUGGCUCAACGACUCCGAAAUCCUCAUCGUCCACACCGCCAAGAUUAUAGUCCUGUACGACCCGCAGGGCGCCCCGAGACACACAUACACGGACCUUGUGGAACGGGACAGGGAGCUGUUGUGCUGCGUGCCCAGUUAUGAUGACAGGUAUUUGAUAAUGGCGUUGGCCAAUAGCAACAAGAACUACGUGGAUGUAGUGGAUCUGAAGACGAAAGAAAAAGUUCUCUCACUAGAAGAGAAUGAUACCGUACUGGAUAUCAUUACUGUGCCAGGCACCCACCGAAUAAUAAUCUUAACACCUAGAGAAGUAAUAGAGCAUGAACUAGAACUGAACGGACACCAGAACAACUUCGGCAUCUGCCGCACUCGCUCCAUCAUCACAGGCGAUGCGGUGCGGGCCGAGCUAACAUUCUUAUCGUUGGCGGUCAACAAGACUGGCUCCCUGUUGUUCAUAUCCACCGAUGACAGUCGCAUCAUAUGCGUCGACCUUAACAACUUGGCGAGGAUUUUUGAUUUGGAGAAUCGGAGGGGUAACGUCAUGUCCAUGGCUGUAAGCGAAGUGUGGCACGACAUCCUGCCAGGUCCAGAUGUGCUGCUAACAGGGACGGGCACGAUAGAAAACUGCGCCAAAGUGUGGCAGCUCGACCCUUCUUAUGUGGCACAAAAUACUCAGAGGAAUGGGAAAGUGCGGCUGACGACAAAGUUCGACGUGAGUUUUGUCGAAGCUGUGUCGCCACAUACGCCGACGGGUAACGGCAGCCAUAGCGUCCAUGCCACGCCGAAAAGGAACAAGUCCUUCGCUUUACACUCUGAGGAGGAAAGAAAGAAGCCACCGCUCAAAGGCACCAUGAGCCUCGACCGCCACUCCAAGCCCUGCCUCGCACUCAAUCUCAAGGGAAUAUGCAACAACGACAGCGGAGCACAACCCCUGUUGGCCGUACUGGACGACAAGAACAACAUACAGAUAAUCCGUGGAACAAAAAUGCUCACAGAAAUAAUAACGAAGGCAGACGAAAGGAUAACCGCUCUAAAAAUCUCGCCUUGCAACCAGUACAUCAUCUACGGUCUACGAUCAGGAAGGGUGCAGAAGUACGCGCUGCGGACCAAAGAGACCAAAAUUAUACUAGAUGUGAAGAGCGCAGUUCAGUACCUGAACUUCGUGAACUCUACAUUAUUGGUGGCGGCCGGUAAGAACCGGUGCCUGAUGGCGUACCGGCUGACCACUGACGGUGCAUGGAUGCCCGAGAUGCUACAGAAGGGAAACAGUUAUUUGGGCUCGCAGGAGAUCUUGAACGAUAUGGAAGGAAUAAAAAAGAAAAACGGCCAACCCGACCGCCUAUCCAACUCAAGCAGCGAGAGCAGCCUCAGCUCCAAAGACCGCCAGUUCCCCGGCACGCGAGGCUGUCUCAGCGAGAGCACGCUAGUCGACUGUUUCUGGGUCACUAAAGGACUCCUAACAGUGGAGUAUAACGCCACUGUUAAACUAUGGGAUGAGCUACACUGGCGGGCUGAGGUGCUAAACGGAAGGCAGAAUGAUGUCCAAGUCAGUUGCGCGGUGUUCAGGAAGAAUGUGCUGGUUGUCUGUGAUGAUUAUAAUAAGAAGUUUCAGACGUUCGAACUGCGAGAGGGGAAACAAAUGGAACUGCACAAGAUCCAGGAGUAUAGACUGAACAACAAGAUUGUGUCGUGCGAUCUUACGUCCGACGGGCUUAUACUGGCUAUGGGCCUCGAUUCGGGCGAUGUUGUGCUAUGGAACGUGCAAGGCAAACGCCAACUCCGUCUCCUAAAACACCACAAAGCCAAAGUCCAGUGGUGCGCCUUCUCCCCCCUCCCCGAGCGCGUCUACCCCGCGCCGCACUCCCCCACCACCCCCACCGACGACAACCAACCGCCGCUGGUACUCGUCACCAUGGCAACCGAGAUCGUCUGGUGGAACAUCACAUAUGUUAUAAAUAAUAAACCACCGCCUAGGAAGAUAAAUGUAGUUACUCCGCUGGUUUUAAGUCCAAGAGAAAUUACUUCUGCGGUUGGAAAUAUGAAUAUUGGGUCGAGUAAUUUCUUCUUUGGGGGCGGGGGAGUGAAUUGUUGGAGAGAGAUUUGGAAGAAAAAGACGUAUAAAGAGGGCUCAAGAAGAAAAGACAUUCUAGCAUGUAUCAAGUUGUCGGGUAUGAACGCGAAAAAGCUGUGUUUCGACGAGAAGUUCUCUUGCUUCGUGACCGUGGACAACCCUGGCCACAUCCACAUUAUGAACGUUAUGUCGUAGCAACGAAACUGCCGCCUGCUAGCUAGGGCUGCCACUCGAUGUUAUGGGUGCAUUGGUAUGUGAAAUCAAAUGUUAUAUUUUAAUUUGGCCAGUUAAUUUAUCUAGCUAGGAAAAAUGCAAGUAGCUCUGUCAUUUACUUAUGAAUUCGCUGGCCAAGUUAUCAGGGGAACGCGAUAAAAGAUGUAGUCAAUAUUUUACAUUUUGCUGCCUAUAUGCGACAUUUAUUCUUAUCUUUUUUUUUCGUCGCUGGAUAAAUUCAUUUACAACGAUAUCCGCACAUGGAAAUAUUUUGAUAUUUUAAAAGCUUUUCUAGUGGUUUAGGUAGAUAAUAAUGUUUGAUAUGCGGAAAUAAACACAAAAAUGUACUCACGAGUAACAGAAAUGGCAGC